CUUUAGACGUUACUUUAUAUGGACUAAGGAGUUACACUUUUGCAAUGGGUGACUUGAUGAAAUUUGUUCGACAGCAGUUCUUUGAUAACAACUGGACUAAAUCUAUUGAUCCUGAUUCUCUUAAUGAAGAAAAACUGGAAUGUAUCGAUGCCUCUUUCAGUCAUAUGGAUGUAAAAUCAAAGUUGUGUUUACUCUUAGCUUUCAGCAACGUGAAACAAAGUACAGUACAACAGAUUAAUAAACAUAUCGAAAACAUAUUUCUCCAAGCUCUGGAUGAAGAAAACAAUCUUGUCAAAGCUGUCGCUACAAUUUUGCACAGUAAACAAACCCUUAACUACCUCAAUUUCGAUAUUUCGCCUACUAAUGAGGCUUUUGGGAAGAAUAUAGAUAAACUACUAAAAAGCGCUACUAAUUGGAAUACUGUAGAUACCCCUCUGCUAGCAGAAUAUUUGGGUCGUAAUGUUCUAGACAAAUUUCUUAAUUUGAAAGGAAAUGAUAAACCUCCAGCCAGUCUUCCAAAAUGUGGUUUCCAACGACGUGGAAAGCUGGAAUCAGAACAUUUGAAGGAAUCUUACCUCGAAAAAUUAAAGGAUGAAUGUCAGCGAAGACGUGUUCAUGUUCCAAUACCUGGAAGAAGCUUUGCUCGUCAAGAUGAAACGGAAGAUUCCGUUGCUGUUGAGGUGUCAGAUUCUACCUCAUUUUCCAGACGCAAAAGCACUUUUCCACGUAUAUCUGGUCAAAGUUCUGAUGAUCUAGAUUCAAAGCGAUCUUUGAUAUGGACUCGUGCCAAUAUAAAUAAAACCGGAAACAACAGCGAAAAUAGACCUAUUUCUACAAACGACAGAAUUAGUAGUCGGAGUCCUGCUAUGGCAGGCGUCAAGAAGCAUUCAGGAAUAAAAUUGCUAGAGUUUGAUGAACUACCUGCAUUCGGACCGAAAGCUAAACAACUUCGUAAAGAAAAAGAGCGCGAAACGAAAAUGAAACUUAAACAAGAGAAAGAGGAAAGAGCUCGUGAGAAUAAGGCCGCUCGAGAAGCUUCCAAAUUAGCUCGUCAGUCUGAACGACAGGCUUUACUUGAAGCUCGCAGACAAAAUAUGUCCAUCUCACCUCUAUGGUCAAAUAAUCAUCAAGAACUUUUGGAAAAUAAAACGGAGAUGCAAAGUAUGUCAUUGAACUCCAAUCCUAAAUUUAUGGGUUAUGAUCCAGGUGCCUUUGAAACUAAACCAUCUUUUACAGCUUCAUCGAAAAAUUUCCAGCAAGAUUCACUACAUAAGACAGAACCAAAUAAUCGUCAAUUCCCACUUCACCUUACAAGUUCAAAUUCAGACGUUUCAAAUCGCAUUAUUUCUCCCCAAAUAAAUACUGACAUUAAACCAGUCAUUCAUCAUCCGCUUCUGUCGACAUCUAUUUCUGUUGGUUCCAAAAAUAGUACAAUGUAUGUUGAGGAAGAAGAUGAUGAUGACGAUGAUGACAUGCUACAAAAUGGUGAAUCUGGAGUGUACACUCUUGGAUUCCCUAAGACUUUCAAUUUCAACUCACCUUUUAGUGCAAAUCUCACUGGUAUCCAAUCUUCUAGUUUCCCAUCUGGCCCUAUGACUUCAUUUUCCGGGACUCACUCAUCAAAUUCACAGUCGGUCAAUAACAUACCUGUCUCCAACUUAGGACAGACCCAUUUUGUUCAAUGUCUUCCUCCCAAUUAUUCUACUGUUUCAUUCUCUCCUGUAUCACAAACACUGAAUACACCUGUGAAUCACAUCAGACUUAUCAGACCUGGUAUUUCACAACCGAAUACAGGCGGCGUUGUUAAAGUGAUAAAUGCUCCAUCUGACUCACCGGUUCGAAUCAUUUGUGUAAUGGAUCCAAAUUCUUCUAAAAUUGCACCAAAUGCUAUGUUACAGUCUGGAAAACCUUUAAAUAUUAACAUGUCACAAGGCCAAAAUACGCAAAAUGAAAAUACCAACCAUGGAUUGUCUAAUAAUUUUUCACAGUCGUCGGAAUUCACGUAUCCUAUAUCUACUACUGGUGCGCAGGUAUUAUCUCCUCAACAAGUUGCAUCUAUCCCUUCAGAAUCAGUUCCUAGUAUGGUUGUCAACAGUUCCAUCCCAAUUUUACGUCCGAAACUUAAUUCAAGUAAUCCGUUAGUAUGUAUUGCUCCUCGUCCAAAUCGUUUAAUUCAAAUAAAUUCUACAAAUAAUAUCUGUGAAAAUACAGUUACUUCUCAACCAGUCAUCAAUUCAUCAGGAAGUAAUCAAAUAUACUUAUCACCAUCAUAUCCUAUACAACAUCAAACAUCAGUCAAUUUAAUUAGACCACCUAAUUCCACUACUGUUAUUGAUAAUAAACCUGUUGUGUUUGCAUCGACUCCAACACGCUUAACUUCACCACAAGUUCAAUCUCAACGACCUCAGCUUGUACAACGAUUUAGUGUUAUAGCACCGAAACCAACAGUUCAGUCUUCAGUAAAUCAAACGUAUGUUCAGAUAUUACCGCGACCUACAGCGACAACCGUUCAAGCAGCCAGACCACCUAAUUUGACUGUAAUAAGACCGUCAAAUCAAAGUAAAAUUCAUGUGGAUUCUUCUAAUGUAACACAAAAUACCACUAGUCACCAGGUUGUUGUAUCAAACGCAUAUACUAAUAAUGACACUGGCAACUCUAAUAUUAAUAUACCAAAUCCCUGUGAUAUAUCUCCCGUAUCUAUUACCACAAGUCUUCCAAACUACAACAUACACCUGGCGGAGACUUCAAAUACUAUGGUUCCUAAUGAAACAAAUCUUAUAAAUUCAUCACAACCUUCAUUAACAACGGUUACUGGCAAUAUUGUUAACGCGUCUACAAAUUUGUCAUCUGUGAAAAUUCAAGAUGAUUUAUGUUUAACCGAAUCACAAUUAAGUACAGUGCAAAGUUUAUUCCAAGAUGCAAAUCGCGUUACUCGACCUGAAAAAGCAAUGAUCAUAUCAUUCAUCGCUGGUUCAAGAGAUAAUCCACGUCCAGAGACUGGUCAAAUAACUCGUAUUCGUCUUAGUGAACAUAGAGAACGUGUUCUUAAUCAAAAUACUGGUCAACUAGUGGAUUUAGCUGUGGACACAUUUCUAACUAUGGAUUAUUCAACUGGAAAAUAUGAGAAAAUAAAAUGUUAUCGUAGUGAUACACCUGAAAAUCUUGUUAAUCUACCUUUACAUAGCAGUAUAUAAUGAUGAAGUAUUCUUUUAUGGUUUGCUUCUAUAUAUGUACUUUCACCACUGUCUUCUAUUACUUUCACUCUCUCUAUCUCUCACUUUUUUAUUUAUGCCUGUGUCAUGGUAUCUCAUUGACUAUUAUUGUUGUUAUUAUUAUUAUCACUACAACUGUUCUGUAUACAAUGAAUUUCUCUCUCAUUUUUAUUCAUCACCCCUCCUCUUCCAUAAUGUACAUCACGUGGCUUAACAACAACUAUCUUUUUGUCUAUCUAAUGAGAUGAAUAGUUAUCAUACGACACAUUAUAAUCCUUUUAUUUAUUUAUUUUGGUUUUUCUUAAUUUUCGAAAUUAUUUUUUUUAUUCUGCAAAAUAUUGCUUUCUCUUGUUCUCUCUCUUCCAUUUAUUUAAUUUUGGCUAUUUAGACUGAUUUACUGACAAUAUUUAUGCUGAUGCGUAUUGUGCUAAGCUCAAUUAAUUUAUAUGUUAAAAUUUCAAUGAUAGAUUUUCUUUCUAUUUGUUUAAACUUAAAGGAGUAUCGUUUGUUUUUUCUUAUUGCAACGUUUCAAUUUAUACACAUACUACUACUGCCACCAUCACACGUUCAUGUUAAUGUUAAUAAUAAUAGUUAAGAAUAGUACAGAUAAAUACACGAAUGACAAAGAGAGAGCUCGAGUUAAAGUAAUAAUUAAAUAAUACUACACUCCUUUUUCUCUCUCUCUCUCUAUAUAUAUAUAUAUAUAUAUAUAUAACUGUUUAAUAUGUUUGAGUUUUAUUUUCUAAAUGAAAAACUACUUUUCUAAAUUUUGCCAUUUUUAGAAAAACAUUGUGAAUUGUACAGCUAAUUGAUUAUAUAUAAACUACAGACAUGUCCACGUA